AUGAGGAACGUCGAAGAUCUCAAAAAGGAAGUGAAGGAUCUGGAGAUUGCAAUGGAAAGGGUGCAUUGCUCCGUCAUUGAAGCUACGCAUGACGGAAAACUUAUAUACCCUGAUAUUAAGAAUUGGUUGGAUGAAGUGAAGAAAAAGGCUAAUGAAGCACAAAAUUUGUUAAAACAAGGUGUAAGUGCAAAAAAUGCUUGCUUCCGUGGGUGGCUUCCUAACCCCAUGGUGCGCCAUCCAAUUGGUAGGAAGGUGAAGAAGAUGACUCGAGUCAUUUGGGAACUCCAUAAUGAAAGUAGAAAUAAUAACUUCCAGAAGGUCUACUAUGAGAAACCUCCUAAAGGAAUUGUUAGUGUUGACAAGAAAGGAAACACUAAAGGAGAUGUCACAGAGGAUGUAAUGAGGGCUUUAAUCACAGAGGAUGUAAUGAAGGCUAUACUUGAUGACAAUAUAUGUGUGGUAGGAGUGUAUGGACCAAGUGGGGUUGGCAAGUCCAAGCUUUUGGAGGACGUUGAAAGGCGAGUUAAGAAAGAAAAGUUGUUUGAUGUGGUUGCCAUGGCAGAGGUAUCACACAAUCCAAAUAUAAAAACAAUCCAGGGAGAUAUCGCUGAUGCACUAGGCCUAAAGCUAAUGAACGUGGAAACUGCUCGUGGGAGAGCUGAUUGUUUGCAUGAGAGUGUUGACAAGAAAGGAAACACUAAAGGAGAUGUCACAGAGGAUGUAAUGAGGGCUUUAAUCAAAGAGGAUGUAAUGAAGGCUAUACUUGAUGACAAGAUCUGUGUGGUUGGAGUGUAUGGACCAAGUGGGGUUGGCAAGUCCAAGCUUUUGGAGGAUGUUGAAAGGCAAGUUAAGAAAGAAAAGUUGUUUGAUGUGGUUGCCAUGGCAAAGGUAUCACACAAUCCAAAUAUAAAAACAAUCCAGGGAGAUAUCGCUGAUGCACUAGGCCUAAAGCUAAUGAACGUGGAAACUACUCGUGGGAGAGCCGAUUGUUUGUGUGACAGAGGCUUGCCACUUUUUAUAAUUUCGCUGGCAAAAAGGUUGAGGAGUGGAAGAUUGGCUGCAUGGAGGAAUGCUUUGAUUUUUGAGGGGUCUGAUUUUAAAUCACUGGUGGAACAAAAUUACAACGACUUACAAGACAAAAGGAUCGAAUCAUUGUUCUUGAUUUAUGCUCUAUCUGAUAAGAGAAUUCUUCUGAGGGAUGCCUUGAUCUAUUGCUUGGGUUUGGAAUUAUUUAAAAAUUUCAACAAGACCAUUGAAGACGCUAGAGAUAGGUUGAUCAUGGAUCUAGAUUUCCUGCAAGACUCUUCUUUCUUACUAGAUAGUGAUGUCACGGAAGAGAUAAGAAUGCAUGACAUAAUCGCUGACGUGGCCAUCUCUAUUGCUUCCUUAGAAUGGAAUGCCUUGGUCGGGAGGGAGGAUUGUGGGUUUGAAGAAUGGUCAAAGGAUGAGCUCAGAGAAUGCGCCGUGAUAUCCUUCCCUCAAGUUGGCAUUGAUGAGCUCCCUGAAAAAUUGGACUGCCCAAACUUGAGGAUGUUUUUGUUGUACGAAAACAACUCGUCUCUCAAAAUACCCCAGUCAUUUUUUGAAUCUAUGGAGAAGCUCCAAGUCUUGGACUUAUCUUGCUUAUCUAUCACCUCUCUACCUUCAUCAAUUCAGUUCCUUAAGAACCUCAAGUCUCUAUGUCUUGAUUUCUGCCAUCUGGAGGAUGUGACUGAUCUUGGAAAGCUAAAAGCACUACAGUUCUUAAGUCUCACCGAAUCUACAAUUACUCGGUUGCCCAAAGAAAUAGGUGAGCUAAUAGAAUUGAGAUUUCUGGACUUGACAGGGUGCAUUGGGCUUGAAGUUAUUGAACCUGGCAUGCUCAGAAGCCUGAUUAAGUUAGAAGAACUGUAUAUUAAAAACAGUUUUGAUAAGUGGGAGGUUGAGGAUGAAGAAUUGCGAAGCAACGCCAGUCUGACCGAGUUAAAGAACAUGAACAAGUUGAGCACUUUGGACAUUGCCAUUCCUCAUUCUUCAUAUCUAUUAAUUGACCUGCCAUUUGGAAACUGA